AUGUUCGAGACCUUGGCUGGCCGAGACGACAUGCUUGAAUACCAAUCAUAUUAUUAUCGUGGAUAUUUUUACUGUUAUGGCAAAUUGUCACGAAAGGGACUCACGUAGGACUCACGGAGAUAUCUUUUUCCAAGCUGAAGUUGUUAAUAUGAAUGAAGAAGACAGAAUUUCUUCAGUAAUUAAGGAAUCUCCAUUCCUAUUGGUUAAUGGAGGGCUUGGAACACAACUGAUAUAUGAUGGCUAUGAUAUUGCUGAUGACCCGUUAUGGAGUGCUAGACUUCUGUAUGAUAAUCCUGAGGCAAUAACACAUGUUCAUCUCAGGCAAUUGGAGAGUGGUUCAGAUGUUGCUGUAACUGCAAGCUAUCAGGCCAGUGUUGAGGAUUUUUGUAAAUAUCUAGGAGUCACACCUAAAGAGGCAGAACAACUUAUAAAAAGGAGUGUGGCAUUAGCAAGAGAUGCUUGCACUAAAUUCUGGGAAAAGCAACCAAAAACAACUUCAGCAUUGAGCAGAUUAAAGCCCUUGGUUGCUGGUUCUGUUGGUCCUUAUGGAGCCUGUCAACAUGAUGGUUCUGAAUAUAGUGGAGACUAUGUAGACACCAUGACAGUUGAGAAUUUGAUGGAGUGGCACAGGCCACGCAUGAGAGCACUGGUUGAUGCUGGUGUAGACCUACUGGCUAUAGAAACGAUACCUGCUCAGAAAGAAGCAGAAGCAUUAGCUGUUCUGUUGAAGGAAUUUCCAGGAACAAAAGCCCUCCUCUCCUUCAGUUGCAAGGAUGGACUACACACUUCUCAUGGUGAACAACUCAUUACAGCUGUAUUAUCUGUUCUAAAACAUACAUCCCAGGUUGUUGCUGUGGGAAUAAACUGUUGUUCUCCAUUGUUUGUAAAGUCCCUGCUGCUCACCCUCAAAGACAAAGUGUCCUUGCCAUUGGUAGCAUAUCCCCACAUUGGUGAGGAAUGGAUUGAUAAAAGGUGUCAGUUCACAGGUCAGCCAGUAAAGAUAAAAGACCUUGUUCCUGAUUGGAUAUCUGCUGGAGCGCAAUGGAUAGGUGGUUGCUGUGAAACUAGAUUAUCAGACAUUCAAAGCAUAAGACAGAUACUAGACUCACAAUAAAAAUUCUUGUAAUACUAUAAUAUCAACAUA